AUGAACUUUAUCACCCAAGUGGCCAUCGCGAAGAACGAUUACGAUAAGGCAACGCAGACGGCGCAAGAACAAGCUGCUAUGUUUGCGGAGUCGGGCGACAAAAGCAAGGAAGCGUCCUGCCUGCUCACUGUUGCCACCAUCUUCGGCACCGAAGGCAAGAUGGACGAUGCACUGCGAGUGGCGAAGGAAGCCCAGGAGCUCUUUCAGGAGAAGAAAGACCGGUCAGGGGAAGCACGGGCUCUCAAUGUGCUCGCAGACAUAUAUUGCGACCUGAGAGAGGUGGAGCAAGCCGUGGCCAUGUGCAAGGAGAUGCGUGCAAAGCUGCAGGAGACAGGCGACAAGAAGGCUGAGGUGACAGCCAUCAGAGUGCUGUCCAACAUUUACCUGGCAUCAGAGAUGCCUGGCGAGUCACUUCGUGCCGCCAAUGACGCAGUGCAGAUGUGCAAACGAGUUCAUGAUCGACGACAGCUGGCCGAGAAUUUGAUCCUCGUGUCCGAGGCGAGCAUCGCGCUGGCCAUCCAGGAUAACCCGAAGGCCUUGGCUAAAGGCUCUGAGAGGUCGCUGAAGCCAGCACGCGAAGCUUUCAAGGUGGCCAAGUCCAUCGGUGCAGGGAAGAUGAUGGGCAUGGCGAUGCACCAGACCGCCUACGUCCUGCUUGUCACAGUCAAGCCUGACGAGGCAUUGAAAGCCGCGCGAGAAGCCGUGGACAUCUUCAAGCAGGUGGACGAGCGAGCCCGAGAGGCUGGUUCGGUCAUCUUGAUAGCUGAGAUUUACCACAGCAAGAACGAGGAUGACAAGGCACUGGACGCAGCCAACGAAGGGUUGAUGCUCGCAAAGGCGUGCGGCGAUCCCCGCAAGGAAAAGGAAGCCAACAAGUUGAUAGAGCAGAUCGCAGGGCA